AUGGCGCGAGGUAUCGAGGGAAACGAAAUGUCCACCCCAAAGCCGGCCAAGCUCAAAAAGCAGGCCUCCACCUCCAGCCAGCCGAAAAGCACGCAGAAAUCAAUCCUUGGUUUCUUUCAGAAAAAGGCCGACGCCAGCAGCCCCAAACCGGACACGGCGCUCAAAUCCUCGCCUACUCCCGCCCCAGCGACGCGUGAAACUCGGCGGAAGAGCGAUGCGAGUGCUCUGCCGCCCGUACCUGGCAGUGACGCCCUUAUGUCUUCGAGCCCGGUGUUCAGCGGCGAUGAGCAGGGCAAGGAGAAAGAGAACGGUUUUGCUGAUGGCCUCCAAGAGCUUCCGAGUUUCGCUGCUGCAACCAGUCCAUCCCGAAAGGCAAGCCGCACUUCACGAACGAAGAAGGCGAUCAGUUAUGCCGAAUCCGAAGACGAAGACGACGCGUUUCAACCUGUAUCAGCAAAAGUGACCAACGGACGAGCAAAACGGAGAAAGCUUGUGACAGAAGACUCGGAUGAUGAUGAGUAUGGGGUUGAUGCCGCUACGGAGGCCGCCAUGCUGGAUGAGGAUAUAGACGACUUCGUUGUCCCAGAUGAUUCGGAUGAAGACGUCGCGCCAAGAAAACGAAAGCGCGCAUCGGCUCCUCAAUCUCGCAAAGUCUCGAAGAAGUCGUCUCCUAUUCCACCGCCCUCUGAAGAUGAGGAUGUCGACAUGGAUAGGGGAGCAACCUCCACGGCGCAGCAAUGGAAAUACGAUCCCGAGAACCUAGGACCUUUGAAUCCUCGCACUUCUCCAGAUACCGCCAAGAAAGCCGCAACUGCCAAAACAGCCAAGCCAAAGGCGCACAUGUCGGAGCCGGAGCAACGCUACACAUGGCUUGCGGAUAUUCGUGACGCAGACAGAAAUCCUCCUGAUCAUCCUGACUAUGAUCCUCGCUCCAUCUACAUCCCACCUCUGGCAUGGAACAAAUUCUCCCCCUUUGAGAAGCAGUAUUGGGAAAUCAAGCAAAGGCUCUGGGAUACGAUCGUGUUUUUCAAGAAAGGAAAGUUUUACGAGCUGUAUGAAAACGAUGCCACGAUUGGCCACCAGCUUUUUGACUUGAAGCUUACGGACCGUGUCAAUAUGCGCAUGGUUGGUGUACCCGAAGCUUCUUUGGACAUGUGGGCAAACCAAUUCGUGGCCAAGGGCUACAAGAUUGCUCGUGUGGAUCAAAUGGAGUCUGCGUUAGCCAAGGAGAUGCGCGAGAGGGGAGGAGCCAAACCCACCAAAGUCUCCAAAGAAGACAAGGUUAUCCGCCGGGAGCUUUCAACGGUCCUGACAGCUGGUACGCUUGUCGAUGGAGGUAUGCUCCAAGAUGACAUGUCUACCUAUUGCGUUGCCAUCAAGGAGGUUGACCGAGACGACCUACCUGCGUUCGGUAUCGCUUUUGUCGACACCGCUACGGCCCAGUUCCAGCUCUGUGAAUUCGAGGAUGAUGUUGACAUGACAAAAUUCGAGACUUUUGUCGCGCAGAUUCGGCCAGGCGAGUUACUGCUUGAAAAAUCUUGCAUAUCCGCAAAGGCACUCCGCAUCCUCAAGAACAAUACCAGUCCUACGACUCUUUGGAACUACCUCAAACCAUCUAAGGAAUUCUGGUCAGCGGACAACACUUCUCGCGAGAUUGACGCAAGCGGAUACUUCGUUUCUGCCGACCAGAAUAACAUCGAAGCCUGGCCCACCGUUUUACGAGAAGCCAAAGAAGACAAAGAUCUUGCUAUGUCUGCUUUUGGUGCUCUGCUUCAAUACCUUCGGACUCUCAAAAUCGAAAGGGACAUUGUGACCCUCGGGAACUUCUCAUGGUAUGAUCCGAUCAGGAAGGCUACGAGCCUGGUGCUUGACGGUCAAAGUUUGAUCAACCUUGAGGUGUUCGCCAACAGCUUUGAUGGCGGCACGGAUGGCACGUUGUUUUCCAUGCUCAACCGGUGCAUCACUCCAUUCGGAAAGCGCAUGCUCAAGCAAUGGGUCUGCCAUCCUCUUGCAGAUGCCCGGAAGAUCAACCAGCGACUGGAUGCAGUUGAUGCCCUGAACGCAGACAACACAGUUAGGGACCGCUUUACUGCCUCUUUGAGCAAAUUGCCAGAUCUCGAGCGCCUCUUGUCCAGGGUUCACGCUGGCAGAAUUAAGGCCCAAGAUUUUGUCAAGGUCGUUGAAGGUUUCGAACAGAUCGAAUACACCAUGAGCCUUUUGAGCCAAUUUGGUUCUGGUGAAGGCGUGAUUGGCCAAUUGAUAUCUGCAAUGCCCGAUCUUUCUGGGUCGCUGAAGCAUUGGAGAGAUGCUUUUGACCGCGGCAAGGCUAAACAAGACGGCAUCUUGGUACCGGAACCUGGUGUAGAACAAGAUUUUGAUGACAGCCAGCAAACGAUUGAGGAAGUGCUUGCGGAGCUCGAGUCUUUGUUGAAAAACGUUCGCCGCGAGCUGGGUUCCGCUGCCAUCUGCUAUCGCGACAACGGCAAGGAAAUCUAUCAGCUCGAGGUCCCCAUCAAGGUUAAGGGUAUUCCAAAGUCCUGGGACCAGAUGUCCGCCACGGCAAAGGUCAAGCGGUACUACAGCCCUGAGCUCCGGGGGCUUGUACGCAAACUUCAGGAGGCACAGGAAACACACGGCCAGAUCGUCAAGGAGGUCGCAGGAAGGUUUUAUGCGCGAUUCGAUGAAGACUACUCCACUUGGCUGGCUGCUGUCAAGAUCAUUGCCCAGCUCGACUGUCUCAUCAGCCUUGCCAAGGCUUCCGCUUCGCUCGGGGAGCCUAGUUGCAGGCCGAAGUUUGUUGACUAUGAGAGAACAGUCUUGGAGUUCGAGGAGCUGCGUCAUCCGUGCAUGCUCACCAACGUCACGGAUUUCAUCCCGAACGACAUCAAGCUUGGUGGCGACUCACCGAACAUCGACCUUUUGACGGGUGCUAACGCUGCUGGAAAGUCGACGAUUCUCAGAAUGACAUGCAUCGCAGUCAUCCUUGCUCAGAUCGGAUGCCAUGUACCCUGCACUUCCGCCACCCUCACUCCAGUCGACCGCAUCAUGUCGCGUCUCGGUGCCCAAGACAACAUUUUCGCCGCGCAAUCCACGUUCUUCGUCGAGCUUUCCGAGACCAAAAAGAUCCUCUCAGAAGCCACGCCCCGCUCGCUGGUCAUUCUCGACGAGCUCGGCCGCGGCACCAGUUCCUACGACGGCGUUGCCGUGGCCCAGGCCGUGCUGCACCACAUCGCCACGCACAUCGGCUGCCUCGGCUUCUUUGCGACGCACUACCACUCCCUCGCAACCGAGUUCUCCGGACACCCCGAGAUCAAGCCCAAGCGCAUGGCGAUCCACGUCGACGACGCGAACCGCCGCGUCACGUUCCUGUACCAGCUCGAGGACGGCGUGGCCGAGGGCAGCUUCGGCAUGCACUGCGCGGCUAUGUGCGGGAUUGCGGCCAAGGUGAUUGAGCGCGCAGAGGUCGCGGCCAAGGAGUGGGAGCACACGAGCCGCCUUAAGGAGAGCCUGGACCAGGCGAGGCAAGGCUGCUAUGUCCCGUUGGGCUUGCAGAGUGAUGUCAGCUGGUUGCUGAAGGAGAGCCAGGACGUUGUGGACGAAAGGGGUAUUGAUGUGUUGAUGAGGGCUGUGGAGGCUCUGUAA